CUCGAAGCUUCAAGAGCACUCCGACUAUUCUGCCCGGCGAGCUGGCACAAUGCGCUGCCCGAAGAUGAUGUCUGCAUAGGCGGAUGGAGCAGUUCAGACUCACGUGCGCCCGAUUGUGCCCAGCCCUGGCGGUGUCGCCUAGGCAACGGGCCCCUGGAGCUGCAAUCAAACGCGGCCCAUCCGGAUGUACCUCUGCAAUUGCGAGCUUCGACGUCAGCGUAGCCCGGACAUUCUUUUCUCUGUAGACUUAGACAUUGUUCUGUUCUACGUUUCCUCAUUUCCUCUUGCAGACCCUCACAAUGAGCGUCAGGGUCGUUACCCGCAUCCGGCCGCUGCUCAAACACGAGCUCGACAAGGACAUUAUCGUCACUGCAGAGUCCCACGAAAACGAAAGCGGAACGAAAGGGCGGCCGACAGUCGUGCGGAUACCGAAUCCCAAGAACGAUGCGGAGUCGUUCAGCUUCCAAUUCAGCUCUGUUUACGAGCAGGAUGCGACGCAACAGGAGCUUUUCGAAGCAGAGAUAUCGCCGACCGUCAAGCAGCUGUUCAACGGCGUCGACCUAUCUAUCUUUGCUCAUGGUUGUACCGGGACCGGAAAGACUCAUACCAUGCGUGGCGGAAAGUCGUUAGCAGAUCGUGGCGUUAUACCCAGGUUGCUCAGCGCGAUAUAUCGCCGGUGUAAGAAGAUUGAGAAAGAUUCGGGCGGGUCCACACAGGUCGAGGUUGUGUUGGAAUACUACGAGAUAUACUGCGACCGCGUAUACGACCUGUUCGAGCCCCCGGAGAAGCGGACACCCUCUGGAUUGCCCAUUAGGGACAACAAUGGAAAGACUGUAGUGGUGGGUUUGACGGAGAAGCCAUGCGCAACAUUGAAGGAAUUCGAACAACUCUACGACCAGGCAAACACCAACAGAUCCACUUCGGCGACGAAGCUCAACGCGCAUUCGUCUCGAUCGCACGCUGUGCUUUGUGUGAAAAUCACCCAAACUACGGAAACCACAAUACGCAUCAGCAGAGCAUCCUGCAUUGAUCUGGCAGGAUCAGAAGAUAAUCGAAGGACGGACAACAACAAAGAGCGGUUGGUGGAAAGCUCUGCCAUCAACAAGUCACUCUUCGUUCUUGCCCAAUGUGUCGAUGCCAUCAAUAAGAAGCAGAGCCGAAUACCGUACCGUGAGUCUAAGAUGACUAGGAUAUUACGGCUAGGCCAGAACAACGGUCUCACGGUCAUGAUUCUCAACCUCGCUCCAACCCGGGCUUACCACCUCGACACGGUCAGCUCCCUCAAUUUUGCCAGUCGGACGAAAAAGAUUGAAGUAUGUGAAGUGGAGAAUGACCCGGUUCUAAGGACGAUGGUAAAGCCUCUUGUGGCUAUGAGUAGCAUCGGGGGAGCAAAUAUAAGCCGACAACCUCUGCGACCGCUCACAGCAGCCCACAAUGCGAAUAUGCAAGAGACGGACAAGAGGAAGCAGGGGCUGAAGCCUGUUAAGGCAUUCUCAGUAUAUUCUGAUGCCCGUAAAUCUCCUUCCCGCGCUUCUAGCCGUCCCGCUCAGAAUCAAGGCAUUCGACGAGCAGAGGCCCAUAAACGGCCGGCUGAAUCAAUGGCUUCACGGCCGUCCAAGAUGUACAGAGCAGCCGACAACACAUCGAAAUUCCGUGCAACAGAGCCCGCGAUGACGAAAGCAUCCAUCGAAGCUCUCAUUGCUCAGCGCAUAGACGAGAAGCUCGCCGAAAAGGCUCUCGAGGACCCUACGGUUGCCGCCCCCGCCCUGUCUACAGAGCUCCAAAAGCGUCUCGAUGAGCUUGAACAGCGGAUCAACGCCCAUGAAGACGAUGAGAGAGCAGAAGGCUACCAGUUUUUGCACAUGGGGAAGCAGCACAUUGCACGGGGGGAGGACACUAGCGCAUUACGAAUGUAUCGUUUAGCCGUGCCAUACUUUCCCGAUAACGAGAAGCUCAAAGCGAAGAUCCAUCGGCUGGAAGACCGCAUACGCGCAAAGAAGGAGGCAGAGGUGAGCGAGCACCCCACGGCGCCGUUGCCUGUGCCGCCCGUUCCCUCGUCGAAUCUCAUGGCGCCUUUGAGAGCAGAUAAGAGGUCUGCAAAACCAAGAGCAACGCGCAAGGACGAGUCCGAGGAUGAGGACUUUGCGCCCGUUCACGACUCGGAACCUGACGAAGCGUACGCGUCCGAUUCUAGCUUCAAGUACAAGAAGGCGGUCCGGAAAGCGAAGAAGAUUACCAAGAAGCUCCCCAUCUUCCGCGACUUGGACGAAGCGCCCCAAUUCUCCGGACCCACCUCACAACCCGGCGAGCAAACCCCGAGGACGGCUCAUCUGCUAAAGAUUAUCAAUUCGCGGGAUGUCAGUCGGAUUAAGGCACUGAAAGGAGUAGGGGCGAAGAAGGCAGAUGCCAUCGUCAACUGUCUAAUUGAGAUGGACGAUGAAGAGGUCUAUGACUUGGAGAGCCUCGCUAUGCUGAAAGGCGUUGGCGGAAAGACUGUGGAAAAUAUGCGCGUUGGACUGAGCGUUGGCGUAUAGGCCAAUACAUGAAGCUUCGAUGACUCCCGUCCUGAAGCGUUCUGUCUGCAAGCACGGUUUGGCGUUUGGGGCAUUUGGUCGGUAACGCGGGCACCUAGCAUUUGCAUGCAUAGCAUGGCGUUUUCGGUGCCUUUCCCUCUCUAAAGCACAUGCUCUUUCUAAUCGAUCCCUUGCUCGUCAGAGAUG